GAAAAAAGCAAAAAGAGUGCAGAAAGUGACAAAAUCACAGUAAAGCGUGACAGUGUCAGCUCCAUUUGCCUUGCCAGGCUUCCCUUCCCAAAACCAAAGUCUUGUUCUUUUCACUUCACCCAUUUCCCAAUUUUCACUCUUUCACCAAAUGUCUCAUCACUAAUAACAAAUUUCAUUUCUUCUUCUUCUUUUUCUUCUGGGGUUUCAUUUCAUCAUAGGAAAGAAACAUGUUUUCUAGGUUGCUACGUCCUCACGACCAUGAAGGAAAUGUUGGUGUUGUUCAGGAAGACACAAAUCAUCACCACAACCACCUUGCUGACCCUUGUCUUGUUCUCACUUCUGAUCCAAAACCUCGUCUUCGUUGGACUACUGACCUUCACCAACGCUUUGUUGAUGCUGUUACUCAACUCGGUGGACCAAGCAAAGCCACGCCAAAAGCAAUCAUGAGGACCAUGAAUGUCAAGGGUUUGACACUCUAUCACUUAAAGAGUCAUCUUCAGAAGUACAGGCUUGGUAAACAAGCUGGAAAAGAUUCUGACGAGGGCUGUAAAGAUGGAAUAUCAGGUUCAUAUCUUCUAGAAAGCCCCGGUACUGAAAACUCGUCUCCUAAAUUACUAGCUUCUGAUGCAAAUGAGGGUCAUGAAGUCAAGGAGGCUUUAAGAGCCCAGAUGGAAGUGCAAAGUAAGCUACAUUUACUAGUGGAGGCAGAGAAGCACCUGCUAAUUCGCCAAGAUGCAGAACGGAGAUAUAUGGCCAUGCUUGAGAGAGCUUGUAAGAUGUUAGCUGACCAAUUUAUUGGUGAUACAACAAUAGACACUGACAUCCAAAAAUUUCAAGAACUACCAAGUAUCGAGCUAGGUGGAAUGCAUGUUUCAGACGUACCAUACAUUCUCCAGCCCCAAGGGGCUAACUGUUCUACUGAAAGUUGCCUAACAUCCCUUGAGAGUCUACGAGGAUUGACACUAGAAGGAUCUCCUGGCGGGUCAAAGAGGAUGGUGGGAUUGGACUCAAUGGUAUCACCUUUGAUGUGGAGUGAAACUAACAUGAGAACUCAAGGCAUUCAUUUAGCCCAAGUGAAUCCUCAAGGAAUAGCAAGGUAUGGAAUGUAGGUAGGACAUUGUAAAGGGAAGACAUUGUAUUUGACUCCUAAUUUGUAGGACUAAUUAAGUGCUUAAUUUCAUGUCAGUUUCCUGUCUUGUAUAAGUAGAUGGGAAUGGAACUGGAAUAACCAUGUCUAAUUUUGUAUAUUGGAAAUACUUACUAGCUUAAUCUGGUAGAUUGCCACAUUUACUAUCAUUGUGUGUUUUUUAUUGGUUCCUUAAUGACAUGCUGCAAUGUUGUGUA